AUGAACCCACCAGGCGGGGAAAGGUAUCUAGUGGAGAUUAACACGCAGAUUGCGUCUAAGCAAGCAGAUGAGAAGCGGCAACGCAAUGCGGGAGCUUCGGCGCGUUUCCGACAGCGUAGGAAACAGCAGGCAUUGGAGGACAAGAACAAGAUUAUGCAACUAGAAGAGGAGAAGAGGGCCCUGGAGGCGAGACUCCAGGAAAGCAUGCAUCAUAGGGACUUUUACAAGAACGAGCGUAACAGACUACGCGAUAUUGUGCUACGAACUCCAGGUAUCAGCGAGUCCGCACUGACAGGCCCGCGAAGCCCGCCAACCUCGAACUUCAGCCUCGGUGGGUUUCCCGAUCAGGCCCAGAUGUCCCGAGCAGGACCGCCACCGAACAUGCCCACAUCACACGGAUAUGCUUCGAGCGAGACAUCUUCGAUUGAGCGGCCGACCCGACGUCGGCGAACGGACCAGACUCCGGAUACCGGUGCCUUGACAGCUACAUAUGCCCAUCAGCCCCCAGGGACACGGCCUUCCCCCGAUCGCGGCGCCUUCGUACGGGCUGCCCCCUUCCCGGCCUCCAUCGGCGUCGUCGACAGGUGA